AUGAAAGAAGGUGGUGGAAAUGAAAUAAAUGAAGUAGGAAUCACAUUUAAAGAGUUGGAACAAUUCAGUCGUCGGGAGUUCCACGGACGGCUUCACGGUCCGUGGAUCAAGGUGUUGGCCGUGAAACUAGUCAUGGUUCAUGACCAGCCAGCCAUAUUCUCUGCUGAUGAUAGUUUUAUGGAAGAUGUUACACUGGAUAGAGUUGUUGAUGGGAUCCCUGGAAUGGGAAACAUUAGGUUUAAAGACAUGCCAAGCUUUAUCAUGACUACAGAUCCAGAUGAGAUUAUGUUAAAUUUUAUAUGUGAUGCAGCACAAAAUUGCUUGAAAACUUCUGCAGUGAUCUUCAAUACAUUCACUGCUUUGGAACAUGAAGUCCUAGAAGCAAUUGAAGCUAGAUUCCCAAACAUUUAUGUCACAGCUUCACUUUCAUUGAUGGAAAAAACAAUCCCAGAAAACAAACUGAGCUCAUUUAGGCCUAGUUUAUGGAAAGAAGAAUUUCAAUGUCUUGAAUGGCUGAAUAAACCGGAACCAAGUUCAGUGAUCUACGUGAAUUAUGGAAGUGUGACUUUAAUGUCAGACAAUCACUUGAAAGAAUUCGCGAGGGGACUUGCAAAUAGCAAGCACCCUUUCUUGUGGAUCGUUAGGCCUGAUAUUGUGAUGGGCGAUUUAGCCGUUUUGCCUGAUGAGUUUCUUGAAGAGAUUAAAGAUAGGGGAUUAUUAGCAAGUUGGUGCCCACAAGAUCAAGUUCUUUCUCACCCGUCUAUUGGUGUUUUUCUAACACAUUGUGGAUGGAACUCUACAAUCGAAAGCAUAGCUUCAGGGGUUCCUCUAAUUUGCUGGCCGUUCUUUGCUGAGCAACAAGCGAAUUGUCGAUAUGCCUAUGCAGAAUGGGGAAUAGCUGUUGAGGUCAAUCAAGAUAUCAAGCGCGAAGAAAUUGAAGUAGUUAUUGGGGAUAUGAUGGAAGGUGAAAAAGGUAAGGAGUUGAAGGACAAGGCGUUGGAGUGGAAGAAGAAAGCAGUAGAAGCCACUGAUAUUGGAGGGCCUUCAUGCAAAGACUUUGAUAGAUUCUUGGAAAAACUUCUCCUUAACAGGGAGUACUAA